AUGACGAAUGGGACACCUGGGGUACCUGGAGGCGAACCACCGCAUCCCAGCGCUGAGAUGCUGGCAUCUGCGACCAAAGGAUUCGACUACCUGUUCGCCAACGAUAUCGUUGGUUCCCGCGAACACUUCAACUCGAAGGACGACCCGUUCCAUUUGAUGGGUGCCGGUGUAAUAGCGUUCCUGGAAGCUGCAUUGGGAAUGGAGACGAACCAAGUCACUGAAGCGUCGCGCUGUUUGGCACUUUCUGAGACCGGGACUAGAAAGCAAAUGAAGGCUCCCAAAGCCAAGACUCAUUCCCGCUUCCCAGCAGGUCUGGAGUGGGAUAUCAUAAACGCUGACGCUGUCGUUUUGCUGGGUUUGACGCAUGCUUUGAGUGAGACUUAUAUGGGCUACCUGCAAUGCAUGUACUCCCUGAACAAUGCCCAUUCCAAAUUCACCAAACUCUACAAAACCGUCUUCCCAGCCGGCAUCGACGCCGAAGAGAAGCCACCCGCUCCAGCAGAAGUCGCACCCUCCUCGUCCUCCACCCUCCAAGUUCCUAACGGCCUGCAACACAAAUCCUCCUUCUCCUCGCUCUCCUCCGUAUCUUCGACAGGUUCGAACGCUACGCUGCCACCAGCCCCGCCGAGCCCCACCCAGCCUGCCGUAACGAAGAGCUUCUUCAGUCGAUGGCUGGGUUCCUCCGCGGCUGCUGCCGCCUCUGAGCCUACGCUCCCCUUACACCACCACCAACACCACCACAUUCCUGAUGGUCCAGUCGAGGAGCUGAUUGUUUCCGGAACGGCGUUUGGCUACGGCUUGUUCAACCUCGUCUUCUCGCUCCUCCCAAAGAAGGUGCAGAGCUUGGUUGGGUUCCUUGGGUUCCAGCACGAUCGCAAGCUCGCACUGAAGGCAUUGGCGUUGUCGGCUUCGAAGAAGGAUGUGCAUGGUGUCUUCGCUGGGCUGGUGUUGAUGACGUACCAUGGCGUUGUAUUGCUUCUCUCGGGAUGGCAAGCGGACGAGGCGAGGAUUAUCAACCAGUAUAAGGGUAUCAUCGACAAUGUCGAAGAACGGUACCCCGAAGGAGCACUUUGGAUCCUCAAUCGCGCCAAGAUCCUCCGCAUGUCGUGUGACGCCGAAGGUGCCAUACGCGUCCUCCAGAACGGGUUGAAACCCGAACGACCGCAUUCGUUUGCGCAGGCUGAUAUGAUGCUUCUCUUCGAGUUGGCAUGGACUCUGCUUGGUCAAAGACGGUACCAAGAAUCGGCGGAUUCGUUUAUGAAGAUUACAGAGCUGAAUACUUGGAGUCAUGCUACGUAUUACUUCCUUUCUGCUGGCUGCCACUUUGCCCUCGGCAACCUAGAAAAGACGCAAGAGCUCUUGGAUGCCAUUCCUGGAUUGAUCCAUAACAAGAAAGUUGGAGGAAAGGAUUUGCCUACGGAGGUGUUUAUCAAGAAGAAGCUGGCCUUCUACAAGGAGAAGCAGAAGAGGAGGUGUGGAGAUGAAGCCAAAUUUGCCGAGGCUAUUCGGAUUAAUCCUGCUGAAGAACUGGGUAUCUUCUGGAACACCCACGCUCGAGUCUCCAAGGAGAUUUGCAAGUCGCAUGUAGCGGAUGUGUUGCAUCUCACACCGGCGCUUACGAUCACGUCCCCAACCAUCACCGCGCUCUCUUCAAAUUCAAAUUCAAAUCCUACACUCCCGACGCCCGCAUCAGCUACCGCAGCGAUGUCCUCCCUCUCCCUCUCUUCCAAGUCCUCCACCGCAUCCAAAACCUCGCCACCGUCGUUGUCAAAGUCGAAAUCCCCGCUCGACCUCGACACUCCCGACGAACUCGCCGUCCGGUCCCUACUUCUAGGUAUUUGCCACCGGACGUUGGAAGAAUUUGAUGCUGCGAGAAAGUUUUUGCUUGAUGCGCAUGGGUAUCAGGGGCAGGUGAAGGUGAAUACGUGGGUUGGUGGUGUUGCGAUGUUUGAGUUGGCUGUGUUGGAGUUGAAGGAGGUUGAGUUUUUGGAGAAAGGGGGAGGGAAAGUUGAUUGGAUGAAGGCGAUGAAAGUGGCAGAUGAGAGGUUGGAUGUUGCGUUGAGUCUUUCGCCUAAUUCGGUUGAUUUGAGUAGUCGGUUGGAUAGUCGGAUUUCGAUGUUGAGGGAUGAGAUGGGGAUUAAGAGGGAGAUGUUGGGUGGGAAGGCGUAAGGUGGUUGGUGUAGAGUGUGGGGAGGGGGUGGGAGGGAGACAUGUCACGAUG